UGAGGAGGAUGAGGAGGAUGAGGAGGAUGAGGAGGCUGCGGAGAGGCGGCUCAGCAUCACUUUCUCCCUCCUUCCGCGCAUCGUCUCGCUGAGGAGCGAGAGACGUCUACAUGUGAGCUAUUACCGGACAAAAGUCUAAUUUUAAGGCUGCAAUAACUUAUAACAAUUAGAUCGCUGAUGGCGAGGUGAUUAGAGCAACUCUGACCGUUACGUAGGACGAUUGGAAAUUUUGGCGUUUUAUACAGUUCACCAUCACCGGACUAUCUUCACCCAACUCUGGAGUUAUCGUCAUUGCUGCGGACCGAUGGGAUGCAUCGAUUGUAGUCACAAUCUUAAAACCCCCUCCGAGGCUCCAUGGACACGGGGACGACUGAGUGACAUUACACGUCCGAGAGGCGCCCGGAUCAACUUCCCGCAAGGUUUUUAAAGUCUGGAAUAUUUGGAUCGAUGCUUCUCACAAGACCGAGGAAGAAACGCACCUAAGUCCGGCAAAAUGUUCAAAAGCGGGUGUGGACUGGAGUUCCUGCUGGUCCUGUGUGGCCUGGAGUUCUCCUGGUCCUGUCCCCACCACUGCAUCUGCUACACGGCCCCGAGCACCGUCUCCUGCCAGGCGCACAACUUCCUGUCUGUCCCUGAAGGCAUCCCACCCGACAGCGAACGCAUCUUCCUCCAGAACAAUAAGAUUCACCGGCUACUUCAAGGCCACUUCAGCAGCCAGACGGUGACCCUCUGGAUCUACUCCAACAACAUCACCUACAUCGAGCCCUCCACCUUCCACGGCUUCACCCAGCUGGAGGAGCUGGAUUUGGGAGACAACCGCCACCUGCGGUCCCUGGCUGAAGACACCUUCCGCGGGUUGAAUCGACUCAGUGCUCUGCACCUGUACCGCUGCGGACUCAGCUCACUUCCCAAUAAUAUCUUCCAGGGAUUAAGAAGCCUGCAAUAUCUCCAUUUACAGCAAAAUCAUUUGAAGUUCCUUCAAGAUGACACAUUUGCCGACCUCCAUAACCUGAGCCACUUGUUCCUACACGGAAACCACCUGUGGAGACUCAACCAGAACACUUUCAGGGGUCUUCGGUCCUUGGAUCGUCUCCUUCUGCACCAGAACCAGAUCGAGUGGGUUCACCACCUGGCGUUCCACGAUCUCAAACGCCUCACCACCCUCUACUUGUUCAACAACUCCCUGGUGCAGCUCUCGGGCGACUGCCUGGGCAUGCUUCCCGCCCUGGAAUACCUGCGCCUCAACGACAAUCCCUGGUCCUGUGACUGCAAGGCCCUCACGCUAUGGGAGUGGUUAAAACGUUUUAGGGGAUCGACCUCUUCUGUGGGUUGCACGGCGCCUGUUGAUUUGGUGGGGAAAGACCUCAAGGAGCUUCGCAAGGAAGACUUCUCCGACUGUUCGCCCAAUUCUGAAUCCAGAGCCCAGACCAACAACUUGUCCGGCACAGUCAGCCCACCGUCCAUGAAUCGGGGCGUAGUGGCGAGCCCCGGGGGCCAAAGCAACGUGGUGCACCCUUCCAGGCCCGGCCGUCCUCGCAACUGCCAGAAGACCCGCAACCGGGGGAGCAAGGGGAAGAACGACAAUGAGGUCCACCACUCGAAGGAGGUCAUGGCGGACAAGGAGGACUCUUCUCCGGAUUUCUCCGACGGAGGGAAACACGAUCACACCUCGCCAGAUGGCACCGUUACCAGGAGGAAGCACAAGUGUGUUCCGCGGACCACUGUUCGACCCCCGAGUGGGGUUCUGCAAGCCAACAACGGGGCGUCCUUAUUCCAGCCUUUAAUACACGUCUACGCCCUCGUGGUUGCCUUGACAACAAACACAGACUUUAUCCUCCGCUGAGCCACAGAGGCUUUGGUAAAAGGUCACAAACAACAAUAUAGCCCAAAAACAUCCUCUCGUUCCUGCACUACGAGGUCCGUGUGUCCUUUACGUGUGUGUGUGUGUGUAUGAGUGUGUGUGUGUGUGAUUAAGUGUACAUGUUAUGUAGGAAGCGUAACCAUUCAGAAAAGCACAACGGCAAGUAUCGUGAGGGGUUCUGACAGCGGAUUCGUGUAGACCGAGCGAGCACUGCCAAUGAAGCUAGCUUUCAUUAUCACGUGUCUUUUUCGUGUCGGUACGAGCUCUGGACCUCAAGCAACCAAAUAAGUGACGAGGAAGGCAAGGAAAGCCAUGUACAAGUCCGAUGUGGUGUUCGCCUGCGGGCCUGCAUUAUCGCUCGAUCGCCUGUGGCAUCCAUCCGAUCAAUGGGUCCCGAAGUGAAACUUUGAGCAUAAAUAAUCAUUACCCGGACCGGGAAUGUUACUAUUCCUUCAAGAACAUGGAAUAUAUAGCCACUGCCGAUUUAAGGCCGUGAUUAACAAGCUCAAACAUCGUAAGCUAACUAUCCCCCCAAAGCAUUGGCAUUUGAAGCUGCUACUGUUACUCCGUCCGAUGCUGAGGACUGCCAUUUUCAUUUAAGAGGAAUCUGUGCGUCUGUCUGUACUUUGUGCUCGUUCGUUUUGCAUUUUGUUAAGACACGGAAUGGACCUACGCUAGGUAGUGUUGACUCCGUACUGCGGGGCCCAGCAGGAGGGCUUUAUCAGUUCUCCGGUGAGCUGAGAACUGACCUUUGCUGACAAUGUGAGGAUUAGUUGUUUUUUUUCUGAAUCUCUUCGACGGCAUACAAGACUUCAAAGAAGAAGGGAAAAAAAAGACCUAUGUGUGGAUAAAUAAAUGGUGUGGUCGAAUACAAUAUAAAAGAACAUUUCUAAAGGAGCAUGAAUUAAAAAAAAGGGGGUCAAGUGAGACCCUAGUUCUGGGCUGUGGCGAUACAGGACCAGGGUCUGAAAGGGAUGCUGUACAGAUUAGACCGACUGACCAAUGAGGUGGAAAACCACAUGGAACUUCUGGAGUUUACGUACCUCCGUCUAAAGGACCAUGUAACAAGAAAAUAGUGCUGAUAAUAAACACUUACUGUCUUACCAUGAGAAAAAAAAAAUGUCACUGGCAUCAAUUAUGAUAACAGGGUUUUGGCUCCUUAAAUCAGGAGCCCUUUUAUUUGGUCAAAUCAUUUUUCAUGGUAUAUUUUCAGAAGCGUCAUUUGUCAAUGCACAGUUGUCACUCGUGUCUUUUUCUCGUUCUCUCGUUUUGGCAUUUGUGUCUUUCUUUGCCGCCAUGAUUCCCUUCUUCUGCGCGGCCUCACCCAAGACUACAAAAAUGUUUAUAAAGAU